CGCCCACACACACACACACACAGACACACACUCAUUCACUCACUUCCACACUCAGUCACUUUGUCGCCCUCAUUCAGCUCAUUGACUGCCACAGGUCAGUCAGCCUCAAAUUCAGCUUGUCCUGCCCCAGCAGUGAGUGAGAGGAGACCUGUGAGGGGUGAGGACGUCAGGACAUUACUCUUGCAGCGGGGGGGACGAAAGACUCCAGUCAAGAAGAAGUAGAGGACGAAAGAUUCCAGUCAAGAAGAAGAAGAAGAAGAGAGGAGAAAAAGAAGAAGAACCUCUGACAUUUUUGGAGAUGGAUUUACAAAAUGUGAAAUCAUUUCUUUGAAGAGUGAGGAACUCGCACUGAGAGGAAGGAACAAUGACCAACCAUUGAAUUGUCUUCAAAGAGGGGAGGGAAAAAAAACAACCAAAUCAACCUGCCCUGAAGCAGCAUCAGACCUAGUCCUGUUCUUGUCAUCUUUAAAUGAGAGCGCAGUGAGAGGGAUCUUCCUUGGCUGAGCCUUCUUUUUUUCAGAGGUGUUUUUGAAUCGGAGCAGAUCCUCGGGCAGCAGCAUGCCUCAUGCUUGUGCAAGGUGCACCUCGGGAGUCUGACCCAUCAUGUGCCAAUGGAUGCUACCCACCGCCGCUCUCCGUCCUGACCUUGUCGCUGGCACUGCCCACAGGGGGCCGCCGCCGGGGCUGCCGCCUACCUCCCUACCCAGCCCGGCUUCCCUGUGCCUGGCAUGCUUCACCCUGCUCCUGGUGGCUGGCUCGGCCGCAGGCGGGUGCCCCUCUGGGCCAGGACAGAACCCCCUGCAGGUGCUGGCCAAGGGCAGCAACUGCUCGUGGACUUUAGAGCGCCACACUCGCAGCUACAACCAUCUAGAGGGCGACGUGCGGCUGCGUCGCCUCUACUCCGCCAACAAGUUCUUCCUCUGCAUCGACAAGUCGGGCAAAGUGGACGGCACGAGACGCAAGAACUAUGCUGACAGCCUGAUGGAAAUCCGAUCUGUCAGUGUGGGAGUUGUCGCCAUCAAAUCUGUCAGCACCGGGCUGUACUUAGCCAUGUCCAAAAAAGGCACCCUCUUUGGAUCGACGCGGUACAACCCCAGCUGCAAGUUUAAGGAGCGGAUCGAGGAGAACGGCUACAACACGUACGCCUCUCUGCGCUGGCGGCACGGCGGCCGGCAGAUGUUCGUGUCGCUCAACGGCCGCGGGAAGCCUCGCCGGGGACACAAAGCCCGCAGGCGGCACCCCUCCACCCACUUCCUACCCAUGAUGCCCACGUAACUGCCCCCCACCUCCCCAACCGCCUGAAAAAGUGGAUCCCCUGACCCUCGCAUAUUAGUGGUGUCAUCAUCGUUGCUGUCGAUACUCUCAUUAUUAUAUAUUUGUUAUGUUAUUAUGACGUUGCUAUGGCGUUACUAAGACGUUACUAUUGUAACCCCUCUCCCUUAUAUGUACAUUUGUUGGAGCUUUGUGUUUGUUUGAUUAUUAUUUUUUUUUUUACCAUAUUAUGCUUAUUGUGGUCACCGUGGAGUUACCUUUAAGUUAUUCUCCCUCUGCCCUACUGCGUGCCCAAUGUCUUAAAGUAAGGCUGCUGGACAACAUGUGUAAAAUACUAUUAACUUGUAAAUGCCAUGAUGUUCCUCCCCAAUACUCUUCAGACCAGAAAGUCUGUAUUAAUCCAACAUGAUCCCAAAUGUGAGUGCUGGAACCAUAUGACUGGAUGUUCAAGUAAGAUUCUCUGAAGUGUCUGACCAUCGGAUUUGAGAGGGUGACUUCAACUGCAUUUGUGGACAAUGAGCUCACACUCUCAAGAUGGGAGACAGUGGAUGGACAUACAUACAAUGCAUACUGUAUCAUUUGCUUCACUACAGAGACACUCUGACAGAAACAGUGCACUGGUGUGUGUGUGUGUGUGUGUGUUUGUGUCUGCGUGCGUGUGUGUGUGUGUGUCAAACAGAGAAAUCCCUGUUAAGUGCAGAGUCAUGCGAUGAGAGUCCUCUUCGAUCUGAUAACUGCUUUUGGGAGUUCCUCUCUCGUUUAAUGUUUGGAAUGAGAUCCCCCUUUUUUUUACGCCUUUCAGAGAGCAGAGAUAAGUUGUGUUUACCGUUGGUCCAAGUGUCUGCCCCUCCACAAGGUGAACAAACACACAGUAAAAACAAGAUGGGCUCAGGACCAGUCUGGACAUGUUCGUGUCAGUUCACUCUUCUGGGCUUCAGUCCUGGUGGGCACUCAACACAGACAGAAGCUCCAUGGAUGUCUGGCAACCAUCCCCCCUUAAAAUGGUUCUACACUGAAACCCCUCUGUAUCUCACGGGACCUUGUUUGGUAUCUGAAACGCAAAAGACAAUGAAUUGUACCCCUUUCAUACUGUUUCAUUAUAUUGACUGUUCUUCUUACACCCUUACACCUCACUAACAUUUCUCCACCAACCUGUUGCAAAUAGAAUAUUUAAUAUAUUUAAAGUCUGUGUUGAAAGUGAGGUUCCAUUUAUUCUCCCCCGUCGUGUUUUGCCGAAGUUCAUGUCAGUUUAGCCCAGUGUCUUGGUUGAACAUCAUGUUUUGCUUGCCUACUACAAUUUCUGAAAUCAAAGACUUGAUCAUGGAAACUGUGUAAUGAGCAUAUUUCUUUACUGCAGAGGAGCAAUUGUGUGUCUUGUUCAGCCAGGUGAAACUGAAAACCAAUAAACAAGUAAAAUGAUCAAACAUACACAAGAACUGUGACAUCAUCGAAUGAAAGCUCUGUCAUAAUCUGUGUUAAUGAUGAUGAUGAUGGUGAUGAUGAUGGUGGUGGUGGUGGUGAUGGUUCUCUUUAAAAGAAAAAGAAACACUUGUGAAAAUCAUUAUUCACUACACAUCAAGUUCUAUCUGCUAUUGAAUAGACGUUCCACACACAACAUGCCUGAUUCCCUCACACAUAGUGGAUGACCGUAGAGGCACGUGGCCUCCAACUCUCGCACGUGUUAGAGGAACACAGAUGGCAGGUGUUCUGUUCUGAUCGGAAACAUACGGAGGUCCAGGGACAUCCUGCUGUUUGAUGGACUUGUAGUAGGCCUACCUGUAGAUGGGAUUACCCCACACAAAGAUGUCAGAUGAAAUCAAGAUGCAAAUUUGAUGAAAAGAUGAAAAUAAACAGUAUAUUAUUUCAUCAACCAUAUGAUCUACUAUAAUCUACUAUGACAAAAAAGCAUGACCUAGCCAAAACUGAAAUGCUGAAUUACUGAAUGUAUAUGAAUAAUCUUAACAGCAUGUGAAAUUCAGCAUGGCGAUGGCCACCAAAGGCAUGCCAACUUCCAAAAAUGUGAAGCCCCCAAAUAAAUCUAUUUUCUGCCGGUUCCUUUGUGUGAUGUGCCUUAUCAUCAACAACUCUGAAUUUCCCUCUCUCUCUC